UCUCCUCCUCUUGUUUCUCCCCUCCCUCUCUGGUCUCCCGCCUUCCCGGAGCACGCGCUGCCAGGGCUCGGGGUGCCUGGCGGCCAAUGGCGCGGCGGCAGGACGUGAUGUCAGGCGCGGCUGUAGAAAAGGCGCGGACGCUUGGCUGGCGCGGACUGCAGAGCCGGGGCUGGGCUCGGCGCGCUCUUGGAGAGCGUUGCGCGCGGCUGGGCCCGCGGCUGGCGACUCCUCCUCCCACUCUGCUCCUCCUCCUUUUUCCCCUCCUCCUCUACCGCCUCCUCCCUCUCCUCCUCCUCCACCUCCUCCUCUUCCUCCUCCUUCGCUUCAAUUCUCCCAGUGGCUCGGCUCGGCUCGCUGGCUUCGGAGAAAUCCCUACUCCCUAGCCCACCCAGCGUCUAAGCGGGUCGCCUUGGGCUGAAGGCGCCCUCCAGGGAGGGGAGAGGUCCAGGCAGCUGGGCCGCCGCGGGCACCUAGCCGCUCCCGGGUGAGCCCCGACCGCAGCCGUCGUCGCCUCGGGCAGACUUUGCGCUCCUGCUUUGCGCCCGGGGCGCAGAAGCAGGGCCGGCAAUGCCCGCGGCGUGAAAGCGCCCGCGGCGGGCGCCGACCUCUGCCCUUGUCUCCCCCUCCUUCCCCCCAGCCCCGUGCCCUUGUGACCCUAGCUUUGGCGCCGCCGCCAAGGCGCCCCGCGAUGUAGCUGCCCCCGAGCCUCGGCGGGAGGCGUCCUGGCCCGCGGGCGCCCAGGGCCCGGAGCCCGGCCUGGGGGCGCAGCCGAGCUCGGGCGGGGCCGGGGCCGCGGUGGCGAUGCACCCGGCCCGUUAGCGCCGGGAGCGCCAGGCAACUGAGGCGGGGGACAAUCCCUCCCGCGAAGGAGCCGCGCCCCCGGCCCCGCCGGUCCCGCCGCGAUGCUGUUCCACAGUCUGUCGGGCCCCGAGGUGCACGGGGUCAUCGACGAGAUGGACCGCAGGGCCAAGAGCGAGGCUCCCGCCAUCAGCUCCGCCAUCGACCGCGGCGACACGGAGACGACGAUGCCGUCCAUCAGCAGUGACCGCGCUGCGCUGUGCGCCGGCUGCGGGGGCAAGAUCUCCGACCGCUACUACCUGCUGGCGGUGGACAAGCAGUGGCACAUGCGCUGCCUCAAGUGCUGUGAGUGCAAGCUCAACUUGGAGUCGGAGCUCACCUGUUUCAGCAAGGAUGGAAGUAUCUACUGCAAGGAAGACUACUACAGGCGGUUCUCUGUGCAGCGCUGCGCCCGCUGCCACCUGGGCAUCUCGGCCUCAGAGAUGGUGAUGCGGGCUCGGGACUUGGUUUAUCACCUCAACUGCUUCACGUGCACCACGUGUAACAAGAUGCUGACCACCGGUGACCACUUCGGCAUGAAGGACAGCCUGGUCUACUGCCGCUUGCACUUCGAGGCACUGCUGCAGGGCGAGUAUCCCGCGCACUUCAACCACGCCGACGUGGCGGCGGCAGCGGCCGCAGCCGCCGCGGCCAAGAGCGCGGGGCUGGGCGCAGCCGGGGCCAACCCGCUGGGUCUCCCCUACUACAAUGGCGUGGGCACGGUGCAGAAGGGGCGGCCGAGGAAGCGCAAGAGCCCGGGCCCAGGGGCGGAUCUGGCGGCCUACAAUGCUGCGCUGAGCUGCAACGAGAACGACGCGGAGCACCUGGACCGCGACCAGCCGUACCCGAGCAGCCAGAAGACGAAGCGCAUGCGCACCUCCUUCAAGCACCACCAGCUUCGGACCAUGAAGUCUUACUUUGCCAUUAACCACAACCCCGACGCCAAGGACUUGAAGCAGCUCGCGCAAAAGACGGGCCUCACCAAGCGGGUCCUCCAGGUCUGGUUUCAGAAUGCCCGGGCCAAGUUCAGGCGCAACCUCUUACGGCAGGAAAACACCGGCGUGGACAAGUCCACGGAGGCGGCACUGCAGACGGGGACGCCAUCGGGGCCAGCCUCGGAGCUCUCCAAUGCCUCGCUCAGCCCCUCCAGCACUCCCACCACCCUCACAGACUUGACUAGUCCCACCCUGCCAACUGUGACGUCCGUCUUAACUUCUGUGCCUGGCAACCUGGAGGGCCACGAGCCUCACAGUCCCUCACAAACGACUCUUACCAACCUUUUCUAAUGACUUGCGCCUACCCCGCCCCUUGCCCCACAAUUUCUUUAAAAAAGAAAUUAUCUUUAGUUGAAUUCCAAGUGUAUUUUAAAAUAGAGGCUUUGAGCAACUAACUAACCACAUUUUAGGAUCUCGCCUGGAAACAGAGGAAGAAAAUAAUUGCGUGUCCAGCUAAUGCAGUGGUGUGGACUGAGGAAUUACUUGGAAGAUCUAUCUGCGACACAACAUUUGUGUCCCUGUACAGUUUUGGGGACUGAGCGAGGAAAAACAACAAAUAAUUUAAGUUGGCUAGAGCUUCUGUAUUUUCAAAGACUGCCACGUGCCUUAGGAAUACUGUUUUAUCUCCAUACUUUGGACGACUUGUUCAUUUUUCUCUCCCUCUUUUUCUCUCUGUAUAUUUAUGAUCAGAGCAAAAAUGUAAAAAAAAAAAAAAACGUUUGUUACUUUGAAUAGUCCUAAAAAGAAAAAAAAAAAAAGGAAAAAUCAAACCCCCUCCAACGGUCACUUCAUUGUUUUAGAAUUUUAAGGUGGAAGUCUGUUCGAAUAUCAGAAUUUGUAAAAUCUAACCAGUAAUAAAACCACUUAUUGAAACUA